AUGAACAACAUGCAACGGCUUCUAAAUUUAGGAGUUGUUGGAGGUAGUUUUUUUGGUGGUGCUGCAGUGCUCGCAUUGGGACUUUCACAGUCUUUAUUUACAGUUGACGGAGGUCAUCGAGGUAUUAUAUUUAGUCGCAUUGGCGGAGUAAAGGAAGAAAUUUAUCCUGAAGGUCUUCAUUUCAAAAUACCGUGGUUUCACUAUCCGAUUAUCUAUGAUAUCAGGUCGCGACCUCGUAAGAUAACUUCACCUACUGGCAGCAAAGAUCUUCAAACUGUUAACCUUACUUUGCGCGUCUUAUCUCGACCUGAAGUUUCACAGCUUCCAAAUAUUUAUCGUACAUUGGGAACAGAUUACGAUGAACGUGUUUUGCCAUCUAUUGUCAACGAAGUUUUAAAGGCAGUUGUAGCUAAAUUCAAUGCUAGUCAAUUAAUUACUCAGCGCCAACAAGUAUCUUUGUUGAUCCGCAAGCAGUUGAUUGAACGGGCUAGUGAUUUUCACAUUAUUGUUGACGAUGUGUCCAUUACUGAUUUGACUUUUUCACAAGUUUAUUCUGCUGCAGUUGAGGCCAAACAGAUUGCAUUGCAAGAGGCGCAACGUGCACAAUUUCUUGUCGAACGUGCAAAACAAGAACGCCAACAAAAGAUAGUUACUGCUGAGGGUGAAGCUCAGGCAGCAAAACUGAUUGGUGAUGCCCUUGCUCAAAACCCAGGAUAUCUAAAGCUAAGGAAAAUAAAAGCAGCGACUCAAAUUGCUAGGACGGUUGCUCAAUCUCAGAAUCGUGCAUUUUUGCAAUCUGGAUCCCUAAUUUUGAAUGUUGCUGAUCCGAAAUUCGAUGCUGGUUUGGAUGUUUUAAGGAAAAAAUAA